AUGUUCUUGCGUGUCUUUCUCCGUUGCUGUAACGAUCAAGACAUGAGUGCGUUGAAUAAAUCCGCUGGCCUAACGGAGAACGGGGGGUUACAUAAUGACCGCGUGGCAAUACUGGACGCUGGAUCACAGUACGGGAAGGUAAUCGAUCGGAAGGUUCGCGAACUCAAUGUUAAAUCAGAUAUUUUACCUCUGGAAACACCUGCCUUAAAACUUAAAGAACUCGGCUACCGAGCAGUUGUAAUAUCCGGUGGGCCCAAUUCUGUCUACGCCGAGGAUGCGCCAAAGUAUGAUCCAGAUAUUUUUAAGUUAGGCUUACCGAUAUUAGGUAUUUGCUAUGGAAUGCAGAUUAUCAACAAAGAGUUUGACGGUACCGUGCAGAAAAAGGACGUUCGAGAGGACGGCGAACAUACGGUAGAGGUUGAAGAAAGCUGUCCCUUGUUCAAACGUUUGCAGCGAUCACAAAAAGUGUUGCUAACUCACGGCGACAGUGUAGAUCGGGUUGGAAGCAAGCUAAAGGUGGGAGCGUAUUCCUCAAACCGCAUUAUUGCUGCUAUCUACAACGAACAGCUACGCAUCUACGGUGUUCAGUUUCAUCCGGAGGUUGAUUUAACCGCCAACGGCAAACAGAUGCUCUCUAAUUUCCUUCUGGACAUUGCUGCCCUGCAACCGAACUACACCAUGCGCAAUCGUGAGGAAGAAUGUAUCGCGUACAUUAGAGAACACGUGGGAAACAGCAAAGUGUUGUUACUGGUAAGCGGCGGUGUGGAUUCGACUGUAUGUGCAGCAUUACUAAGACAUGCCUUAAAGCCAGAGCAAGUAAUUGCUGUUCAUAUCGAUAAUGGUUUUAUGCGUGAGAAUGAGAGUGCGAAUGUGGAAAAGUCUUUGCGCGAGCUUGGUGUCGAAUUAUGUGUCAAGAAUGCUAUCUACAAGUUCAUGAAAGGUACGACCACAAUCAAACUUCCCGGUUCCUUAUACAAUCAGGACACACAGAUGUUGUGUCAGACGAUCAGUCCAGAGGACAAGCGUAAAAUCAUCGGCGACGUGUUCGUAAAGGUAUCGAACGACGUGUUACGCGAGAUGAACCUGAACGCAGACGAAGUGUUUUUGGCCCAAGGAACCCUUCGGCCUGAUCUGAUUGAAUCGGCCUCGGCGUUGGUCAGUGCCAAAGCGGAUACCAUAAAGACACACCACAAUGACACGGAACUCAUACGGAAGCUGCGUGAUGCAGGACGCGUCAUUGAGCCGCUGCGAGACUUCCACAAAGACGAGGUGCGACAGCUAGGCUACACGCUAGGGCUGCCAGCUCAUUUGGUUGAAAGGCAUCCCUUCCCUGGUCCGGGUUUGGCCAUAAGAGUCCUAUGCGCUGAGGAGGCAUUCAUGAAAGACUAUUCAGAAACGCAGGUUAUCGUCAAAGUGAUAGUGGACUACAAAAAUAAGCUUGAAAAGAAUCACGCGUUGCUGAACCGUGUUUCUGGUACAACCACCAAGGAAGACCAACAGCAGCUCUGCCGUAUAUCUAGUACCAUUAAAUUGAAUGCUACACUACUGCCAAUCAGGAGCGUCGGUGUGCAAGGUGACAAGCGUUCGUACAGCUACGCCGUGGGUCUAUCCAGCAAAGACGUCCCGAAUUGGCAAGAUAUGCUCUUCCUAGCGAAGCUAAUACCACGUAUCCUGCACAAUGUAAAUAGAGUAUGCUAUAUCUUCGGCGAUGUAGUACAGUAUCCAGUGCAAGACAUUACUCACACGCUGCUUACCGAAAGUGUCGUAUGGCAGCUGCGGCAAGCAGAUAACAUUGUCAAUAAGAUUUUGAUGGAACAUGAAUGUAUGCGUCAAAUUUCGCAAAUGCCCGUCAUCCUGAUACCCAUCCACUUUGAUCGGGAUCCUGCGCAGAAGACGCCGUCCUGCAUGCGAUCCGUAGUGUUGCGACCCUUCGUUACAAACGAUUUCAUGACCGGUGUGCCAGCGAUCCCCGGAACCGACAGGUUACCGACGAAUGUACUCCAAAAAAUGGUAGACGAUUUGUCAAACAUGCCGGGAAUUUCUCGGGUGUUACUUGAUCUGACGUCCAAACCGCCGGGUACAACAGAAUGGGAAUGAUUUCCUUUACAACAAACAUCUUCUCCUCUACUUGCACUAACUUCGCCACCAAUCUGCUAACGGAACUAGAUUAAACGAACAAGUAUCACAAUCGCCUCCAUCUCGUCGUCAUCCGGCUCCCCCAGCGCCAUCAUUCGCCUAGUUCGCCGCCUUUAUUGUUGCUAUCCUACGAUGCGCCAAGCGCUAGCUCUAAAGUAAUGAUCCCUAACUCACGUCCCCAGCUUUCCCGAUUGAGGCGUACAUUAGGUCCUUGCAUGAUUUGCAAGUGCUUUGGGAAUGAGAGAGGCUCAGCUACCCGCAUUCCCCGAUCCGGCCAGUGUUUGUUCCAAUUUGUUGCACAGUACUUUUGCUAUCUUUCAUCCAUUCGUUAUGUCGUUACCAAUGAAUCGGAGAACAGUCAGCGGAAAUAUUUGAUUGCUGGGUAGUUUUUUUUUACCAGCACUGCCGUACAUCCGCUUCUAGCGAAAGACUACUUUCAUUUCAAUCCUACAUGGAAUGGUUAAAUUUUUGCAACCUUUAUCGAAUGACUUUGCACUCGUGUUUGCUGCUUGGCCACGAAAACGGGAGCACAGCCUGAUCGAGCCAUUUCCUGGUAUGCUUUUCGUUCCUUAUAAUCAGGAUUUUUGUUUGUUCAUUUUUCUUUUUUGGACCCAAUCAAAUCAGGUCCACUGUAGUUUUGCAACCGAUGUACGCUUCUCUUGAUCGACAAAAUUCUCAUGCAAAUAAUAGUAGGCGAGACAGUGAGCAAGUUACAAAAAAACAUAAAGAAAAAACCCAUAACCUAGAACUAGGUGAAAAUUUAAAUCAAGCGUCACCAACAACCCAUGUUUAGUAUAAGCAAACAUUUAACAAUUAAAAGCGAAACACUAUAAUGCAGUAGCAGUCCGAUUCGUGGUACGAAGAAAAAGCAAGCGCGAGCAGGUAAAGAAUAAAAAAGGGGAGUUAAAAAUGCAGCAGCAGUGGGGAGCGAGAAUGUAAUAACAUCUGCCGAUUGAAGAAUCCUGCCUAUGGAAACAAACACACUGCUGAAAACGAACAUCAGUUUCACAGAGAAAGAAAUAAAUGAAAGUCUGCAGUAGAUAUUUUUAUUUAUAUGUAAUUGAAGAUGAAAAACAUGAAAAAUAAAACAUUUAAAAUCAAUAC